ACUGUUUGUGUGCGCAGAAACGUCACGAUGAUGGCGAAUUGAAACACGUAAAUAAAAGUUUCUUCUACUCGUACAGAUCGCGGCUAAUCGAAGUUCAUUUCAUUUACCUAGAUUCAAAUCGCUCGUCGAUUUCGUCCAAGUGAAUAAAUAAUUAGUGGUACGAAUUGGGUCCCGAAAGUGAAGUGCACGCGUUUCGCGCAUUAGAAGACUUGCUUGUAGAGCCAUUUGACGUCCAACCAGUACCACUGUGGGCGCGACUUUCGAUGUGUCGGAUCGCGGACAUCGUCGCGAGAGACAGAGACCAGCAGCACUAACAUACGCAUGUAUUUUAUUCGUCGUUUCGAUCUUGCCAUCAGCGGAGGUAGGCAACAGCACUUCAGCAAACCGACCAUCAUCGCAAAAAAAAAGCUAUUAGAAGCGAGAUUGGGAGUGCAAAAAUUGUGUAGUAUCUUCGAUUUCUUAGUAAGACAGUGUUAGAGAAUUUGGUCAAUUCAAAUCGUUAUAUAGACGAAUAGCCUGGUUGUGUUGCUUCCGGGAGAUGUUGUGCACUGGUGACAACGGGACAGGUUAGCUUUUGCAUAAUAUUUUUGCGAAGAAACAUUGAACUAGCAAGGGGUGAGCGGAAAAAUUACCAGUUCUGUGCUCUCGCGGAUGUAGAUGGUGUGGUGUGAAGGAAGAAAAUUCGGUCGAAAGGAAUAUCCGUGUGUUGUGACGCAGUCUAACAGCUCGCAAGAAGUGCCAAGCAUAAGUCUGGUGCAGACGUAGCAGAGUCUCCGAAUCUAGAGAAGACAUCCCACACGACGUUGCUGUGCAUUCUGGAGGUAUUGUAGGAGCAAAAAAGAAAGGCAAGAGAGUCUGUGGAUGGGUUGGCAGGAGGUCUGUGCAUCGCAUUCGUCAAUCAGGGUGACAAUAACAAACCACAUAGUCGAGAGGGACCUCCACGGGGGCAAGAGUGAGUGCAAUUGACAGACAAGUAAGGUACUAUUCCCCCCGGGCGAACCACUUGAGGAAAUCCAAGAAGAUUGUUGUAUUGAUUGAGUGUGCAGAAAAGUUGAGGAAGAAAAAACGCAAGCAAAAAUUGAUAGCGCGGUGAUAAUGGAAGAAAAACAGUGACACCAGACCAAGAAGUCAUUCACAGUGUUUGAAAUCUUAAAAGCAGAGAGAGAGCAUACAGCGACAAGAAAACGACCACAGAAGAACGGGGCAAGAAGCAAGAAUAUGAUAAUGUGAUGAUAUAAGACAAGAAGUUCCAGUUCCUUUUGGCAAAGUUGUUCGUUCUUCUAUCUGACUCGGUGUGUGAGUGUUUGCUAAAUUGUGGCUGAUAAGAGAGAUGGACGAUAUUAGCAUUACAACUUCUGGAAAAUAAGAAAGCGGUGUGUCGCGGAUCCCCUAUGCGCUGGUGCAGGAUCGGCGGAACAACCUACGGCUGACUGGCUGAAGCAAGACGACUGAAGUCCGUCCGCCCGUCCGUGGUUUCGUUAUUAUUUCCAGCAAACCGGAAAAGCAGCUGUGUUAUGAAACUUGUGCUUAAGGUGGAAACACUUCCUGCUGCUGGAGUGUAGGUGAAACCGAAGAAGAAGAAAAAAAAAUUGAAGUGAAACGGUGUUCAAGAAGGAGACCAGUGUUUGCACGUGGGAAGCAUUCAAAGGAAUAAGGAAGCUAGAAAUCACGGCUAAAAGAGCGGGCACACAUCAGUGAAUCGGGAGGGGGUGUUCGGUUCGAGUGCCUCGGUGUGUGCGCUUGGAGUGGGGGAGAAAAGCUAAGCCGGCUUGCAGUGCGACAUAUUCCCGUUACGAUUUCGGUAUUGUGUUGUUAUUUUUUUUUUCGGUUUGUUGAAUGCAACCGUUGGCAGUUACGUGUUUUUGUUCGGAGGGUUUUUUGAUCUAGUGGGAUAUAACACCGCUGCCAUCACAACCAAAACGCUGCCACGGUGGUGGGCCAUCAAUUUUCGGAGUAAAACUGGAGGACGUAAAUUAGGGAAUUAUUUCCACGGCUGACGGCGAAGCAGUUCAGCAGAGCGGAGCCAGUGUAGCAGGGCAGGAUGGGGCGGAAAAAGAUACAGAUCUCACGGAUAACGGACGAACGGAACCGGCAGGUGACGUUCAACAAGCGUAAAUUCGGGGUCAUGAAGAAGGCGUACGAGCUUUCGGUGCUGUGCGAUUGCGAGAUUGCCCUGAUUAUCUUCAGCAGCACCAACAAGCUGUACCAAUACGCCAGUACCGACAUGGACAAGGUCCUGCUGAAGUACACCGAGUAUAACGAACCGCACGAGUCGCUGACGAACAAGAACAUUAUUGAGUUGCAGGUAAACGCACAGAAGGAGAACAAAAAUGGCACCAUGUCGCCGGACUCGCCGGAACCGGAGGACAGCUACACGCUCACGCCACGCACCGAGGCCAAGUACAACAAAAUCGACGAAGACUUUCAAAUUAUGAUGCAGCGGAACCAGCAACUGUCGGCCAGCGGGCGGGUGAACAUGGCCGGAAAUAGCUACUCGCUGCCGGUGUCGGUGCCGGUCAUCGGGACCUACAACGAUUCCAGCAUGAUGCAAAGCAGUCCCCAGAUGGCACACAAUAGUAUUAGUCCGCGGCCUUCCAGUUCAGAAACCGACUCAGUGUAUCCCUCCGGUGGUAUCCUGGAGAUGUCCAACGGAUACCCACAUUCGGCGUCGCCCCUCGGUGGAUCUCCCAGUCCCGGGCCGAGUCCAGGUAUUGGCACGCACCAGCAUAACCACAAUAACAAUAACCAUAACAAAUUGCAACAUCAAGCGAUCAAGCAAGGUUCCCCGGGGAGUGCGAACUCAAGGUCAUCCAACCUCCGGGUAGUGAUACCAACGCCAAUGAACCCCACCAUCAAUACCGACGAUCUUUCCUACGUGGAGCAACACAGCCGCCAACAGACGUCCAACCUGAACACCCCGGUGGUGGCGCUCCAAACGCCCAUACCGGGCCUGUCGAACUACACCACAACGCUCGGUUCGUUCGGAGCGCAGGACUUCUCGAUCAAUUCCGACCUGAGUAUGAUUGCCUCGUGGGGUGCGGCGGCCAGUAAUGCCCACGCGCAAAACGCCAUGAACUCCCUCGGACAGCACUCGAGAAUCUUUUUCAGCAGCGGUCUGCCACACCUGGCGGUGCCGAACAGUACGCCUCCGCCGUCGACCUCGCCGCUGUCGGUGAAGAUCAAGGCCGAACCGAUUUCGCCCCCUCGGGAGCACCAAUCGUCCUCGCACCACCACCACCACAGUAAUCUGAGCGGAUCCGGUGCGGGUGGGGGCGGGGGUGGUCCCGGUGGUAGUGGCGGCGGCGGCGGUUCAAACGGUCAACAGAACAGCAAUCAGCUCACGGUGACAUCGAUGGCCCAGGUGGGAGGUCACAGCAAUUCCCAGUCGGUGGCGCUCGGUAGCAGUUUGAACCAUUCGCAUCUGAUACAUUCGAGGCCGUCCUCGACGGGGCACCUAACGCCGACGCCAGGUUCACCUCUGUUUGCAGGCUCGGUCACACCCACAAACGCACCCUCACCUGUCGACAUCAGACACAUCGGCGGUGGCGGCCACUUACCCGACUACGACUCCCCAGUGGGUGCCAGCAGUGCUCAUAAAAGACCCAGAAUUUCCGAGGGUUGGGCCACAUAGCCCUCAAAGGGCGGCGGCUCCAGCGGGGGAACCAGUGCACUAAUGUCCAACGGUAGUCACCACCAUCAACAGCAGCAGCAGCAGCAACAACAACAACAGCACUGCUCUUAUCUGGACGACAAUUCGAACCAGAUUUUAAUGGGUGGCAACAACAGUAGUGAGAACGAGUACAGUAGAAAGCUGCAACAGCAGCAGCAGCUGCGACCGUCCUCGUCGCAGCAUCUCCAUCCUUUCUAUCAUAGUGCGAGCGUCAAUAGUAAUAGCAACAGUAAUCAUAGUAGCGUCGGUGGUUAUCCGAGCCAGUCCACAUCCCCGUACAACAACAAUAGCAGCAACCACAGUAACAAUAGUGGCGGCGGCCAUCACCACUCACCGUCGCCAGUUGGAGGGAUGGGACAUUUGCAGCAACACUAUUGAAGGGUGGCGAAGUGUGAUUCUCGGUUCACAAAGAUCAGAUGAUUCUUAUUCUGAAGAGAUUUCUUUUCGACUUUUUAGUUUAAGUUGGUGGGAACUUGUAUGCAUGUGAAGCGAAUACGUUUUAUGUGUUUUUGUAUGAAUGUGAUGUAAAGCGAAGGGUUGCAAAAGCGACAAUUUUAACUUAUUGUAUAUUAUCAUUUUUGUGCUUGUUAGGCACGCGAAAGAAAGUGGCUUGCUCUCCGAUUGUAGAUGACUUUUUUUGAUCUUCAAAGCAUGCAUAAUUUUAUGCAUUUAUUAAUUAAAACUUCAGAACAGGAUUCUGUAAUGUUAGGUACACAAAGUAGAAAUGAGAAACGUAAUUCGGUUUAUUUUCAAUAUUAUAUAUAGGUUUCAAUUGGCUUCUAAAAAAUCAUAUUUUAUUUUAAGCUUUUCUUAUUAAGGAAUAAUCAUAAAAGAUUAUUCUAAAAAUUCAGUGCAAGUUCGGAGCAAGAUAUCAAUUUGUAAUAAAAUCACACAUACAGCUCUUAAUUGUAGCUGCACAUGGCCUUCAAUUUUGAGUCAACUCAAGUACCCGAAAUCGACGUACGUGAGCCUUUACUGGAAAGUGGAAGGUAACACGUGUUUUGUAUGGAUUAAUUAGUAAAAAAUUGGCUUGAAGUGUUGUAACCCUUCAAUUUUGUCUUACGUUUUUUUUUCAUUUUCCAAUAACUGUAACUGGUAAUUAAUUGAAGAAUGCUUGUCAUUUAUAUACAUUCAGGAUAUAGUUUCACGUUAAUCUCAACGAUGGCAGACAUAACUUUCAGUUUGAUGUUUCAACCAUUAUAUUGAACAAAAUCAAUCAAAAUGCAAUAAAAUUCUGAAAUUGAUCACCGAAGUCAUAUUAUGUUAUAUUAUUGCUCACAUGGGUUGAACAGAACCUGGUAUUACCAACUGGCAAUUUUAUCGGUGAGAUGCUAAAAAUGUCGUGUUCUACAGUCGUAAGUCGGGCCACAUUCUUUCGCCAUUACCCAACAACAUGUGUACAUAUAGGAAAUCUCCUGAACUGGAAACAACAUUUUCUUUUCAAAGCUCGCUUCGGGCAUAAUUACGUAAUCGGUUUAGUUUUCAUUUUUCGUUUGGAUAAGUGCAAUACUAUUGAUAUGCAGUACAGCCUGGGACAACUCGCCCAGAAAGAGCCACAUUUACAAUAGGUGAAACGUACAAUUCGAUCAAUCUAUUUGUCGACAUAAGAUAUUUAGGUGAAAGGGGUUGAUCGACAAAGAAUUUGGUGACGCUAAAAUCAGUCAUAAAUGUAGCAUAUUUUUUAUCGCAAUGCGGUAUAGAAAAGAGAUAGAAAACCCAGAGGACGUACUGACGAAAGCCAAGGGGAACCGCAGGGAGUCCCGUUAAUGGAUGUGAAUGUUGAUGUUUCACAACAAUAAGUGUUGCUGUGUUCUUUUAGGUUAAGCAAAACUCAGAAAAACAACAAAAUGGCGUUGCAAACAGCAAUUAUGUCAUUUGAAGAUUACAUUUGUGUAUUACUUAUCUGUUUACAUGUGAGGUAUGUUUGAUGUAUCAGAAUACAAACAAAUAAAAAACAAACAAAAACUAAGAAAUCAGGUGCGUGUGUGAAUGUUGUAAAGGUAAUUUGUGUGCGUUUGAAUAAUUCUGCCACAGACUCGAAAGCAGUUGAAGGUUAAAAACCUGUCUGCUAAGGAACAAAACAAAUAUUGCACGUGUUAUUCGUUCAAAUCUGUCAUGAAUAUUACCGAUUCUAGUACGUCACCCGCGAUUGAUGGGUGCCAAGAGAUAGUCAUUAUUUACAGUUACACAAUACAGAGAUAAAAAAAACAAAUAAGGAGAGUUUCGUACUCACCCUUCCUAUAACCUAACUCUACUCUAGUGCAAAGUAGCCUUUCAAAGUGCGACACAAUCAUUUCCCACUGGGAUAAAAACAUUAACACGAGAGGAAGAAUGUGCGCGUCGACACGGGAAGUACUAGAUUGUAAUUUAGUGCGCCCGGCAACCGCGUCGAUUGAGCAGAACGAGGAGAAAAAUCAAGAUGAUACUCAUAAGCUUAAAAAAGGAACCACAAGCUGGAACGGAUAGAAUCACGUUGCAGAGCGCCCUUUGAGCAAGUCCACAUAUCAUUCGGGAAGAUGAAACAUUUCCGCGGCCGGUAUUGCUAUUCGCAGUCGCCACGCGGACUCGGUUGAAACACUCACUUAUGUAUAGUUGCUUGCGAGAGUGAGCGAGACGAGUGAAUAUUAGGUAAAUUGGUUCAAACUGAGAAUGGACCUAGGAUGGACUAAUAGGCUCUUAAUAGCUAAACAACUGAAAGAACAUUGAGGAAAAACUAGGUAAAACAUAGUUUGUGUGCCAUUAAUAGGAUUACGUACCAGAGGAGUAAAUCAUGUAUAUUUUUUAAACACAGAAAGAGACCAGUGACAGCAGAGUAUGAUAGCAUUGAUUUGGAAGAGAUUUUUUUCUGUUUUCACCUUUUCACAACCUGCAGUACGAUCUAGUACUGCAGAACAAAAACUGCUGUCUUAUAGUUACUCUAAUUUUAUGCCUAGCUCCUGUACUUUGGAGAGAAAAGAAUAGAACAGUUCAGCCUAGAAUGCGAUACAAACAAAACGUGCAUGUAUUGUUUAUUUUUUUUUCGUUUCCACAUCCUAUGUUUUGUUUCUAGCUCUAGUACUGCGUAGCAAAAAAUGAACUCACAAAAUGAAUAAAGUGAAGUAGAAUGUAGCUGAACCACAACCACUCGUAAUGGCAAUGAUAUUUAUUUCCGUUAAUUAUUUCAAAUUUGUUUUGAGGUUUCAUAAAGUUUCCGAUUAAAGGUGGUGUGCUGAAUUUAAAUGAAUUUAAAUCCUAAUAUAUUCGAGGAAAGAAAAUCAUAAAAUUUCUGUAUAAUCUAUAGGAGCAAGCGAGAGUAAAACUGCAAGCGUAUUCUGGAAUACAGGAGAUAAGUAGAGAGAAUGAAAUCAACCCAGAGUUAUCCAGGCCAAAUAUUAGCGAGUGAAUAAACUAAACGAAGUUCUGUAAGCGGAAAAUUACCAGCAGUGCUGCAGUGUAAGAAAGAGACGGCAGAUCACAUACACAUAUGUAGAUGAUAUCGGUUUUUGCUCUUUCUGUUUUAAUUUAGUGGAUUAGUUGACUUCUAGUUUAAAUUUCAUUUUUCCAGUCAUAGGUUUAUAACGUCUUAGUUUGAAAUAAAAGAAAAAUGACUUUUACAUUGA